CGAAACAAUUGUUUUUGGUGUUAAGCCAAUGAGCUCAACCAAACGUGCAUGUCUUUUAGUGCAACAACGUGGUUCUCUGAUCUCAACCUCGACAUCGAUUGGCGCACCUAAUCAAAAUUUUACCAUAUCAUAUUCCCCUCACCCCACCAUUCAUGGAAGUCCCCGUCAGAAUCCCCAAAACAACGAAACAAGCUCUGCAACACAAACACACACUACCCAUUAGUCAACUAGAGUCCAAAGGUAGGUAGUUCCUCACUUCCUCCGUCUUACUUUCAUCUCUCCUUUUCUCCGAUUUGAUCGUUGCUUUCCGCCCUCGAUCGUGCGUUACAGUUUCGCGAUUUCCUGAUCUGGGUCGUUUUCCUUCGUCAAUUUGGAUUGCCGGGCAGUGGCGCUUUUGACUUCACAAUGAAGCUGACUCCCAAGGAAGUGGAUAAACUGGGACUCCACAACGCUGGAUUCCUCGCCCAGAAGCGCCUCGCUCGCGGCCUCCGCCUCAAUUACACGGAAUCCGUCGCUCUUAUUGCCUCUCAGAUAUUGGAGUUUGUUCGUGAUGGAGACAAGAGCGUGGCAGAGUUGAUGGAUGUUGGGAAACAGUUACUGGGAAGGAGACAGGUUCUUCCAGCUGUUCCUAAUCUUCUUCAUUCUGUACAGGUUGAGGGAACUUUUCCUGAUGGAACCAAGCUAAUCACAGUUCAUGAUGCUAUUGCUAGCGAAAAUGGGAGUCUAGAGCUGGCUUUGCACGGUUCUUUUCUACCGGUUCCGGCACUCGAUAAGUUUCCUGGGAUACAGGAUGCCGAUUUUCCUGGCGAGAUUAUAUAUGGAGACGGUAGUGUAACGCUUAAUCCAGGAAGAAGAGCAGUAAUCCUGAAAGUUACCAACUGUGGAGACAGGCCAAUUCAGGUUGGCAGCCACUACCAUUUCAUUGAGACGAAUCCUUACUUGCUUUUCGACCGAUUGAAAUCAGUUGGGAUGCGACUCAACAUACCAGCUGGAACAGCUACAAGAUUCGAGCCAGGUGACUGUAAGAGUGUCCUACUUGUUAGUAUUGGAGGUAAAAAGGUGAUUAGAGGUGGAAAUGCUAUCAUUGAUGGCUCUGUUAGUGAUAGCAGUAAUGAUCUCAUAUUGGAGGCUAUACAAGCUCGAGGAUUUCGGCAUCAAGAAGAAGCAAAUGCCAGAGAAGGCAUAACUGGAGAAGAUCUUGCUUUCACCACGGUCGUUCCUCGUGAGGCGUAUGCUAACAUGUAUGGGCCCACUACUGGUGACAAGAUUCGUCUUGGGGACACUAAUCUCUAUGCAGAGAUUGAAAAAGAUUUUGCUGUUUAUGGUGAUGAAUGUGUGUUUGGAGGCGGGAAGGUCAUAAGGGAUGGAAUGGGACAAUCUGCUGGUCAUCUGCCUGAGGAUUCUCUUGAUACUGUCAUAACAAAUGCUGUUAUCAUCGACUACAGUGGAAUUUACAAGGCAGAUAUCGGUAUUAGAGGUGGUCGUAUUGCUGCCAUCGGCAAAGCAGGAAACCCAGAUAUCAUGGAUGAUGUUAACAUAGAUAUGAUCAUCGGUGUUAACACAGAGGUUAUUGCUGGAGAAGGGAUGAUCAUAACUGCAGGGGCUAUAGAUUGUCAUGUCCACUUCAUAUGUCCCCAGUUGGCACAUGAGGCUAUAUCAAGUGGGAUUACAACACUCAUUGGAGGAGGAACUGGACCUGCUGACGGGACACGUGCCACUACGUGUACUCCUUCUUUAUCACAUAUGAAGCUUAUGCUGCAAUCUACUGAUGACCUACCUCUAAAUUUUGGCUUCACUGGGAAGGGAAACGCGGCCAAACCUGAAGAGCUGCACGAAAUAAUUAAAGCAGGGGCAAUGGGUCUGAAGCUGCAUGAAGACUGGGGAACUACACCAGCUGCAAUAGACAAUUGUUUGGCAGUAGCUGAGGAUUAUGAUAUUCAGGUCAAUAUUCAUACUGAUACCCUGAACGAAUCUGGUUUUGUGGAACACACUAUUGCUGCAUUUAAAGGAAGAACCAUCCAUACUUAUCACAGUGAAGGAGCAGGUGGUGGCCAUGCUCCAGACAUCAUCAAGGUUUGUGGUGUUAAAAAUGUCCUGCCAUCAUCAACAAAUCCCACAAGACCUUUCACGUUCAAUACAAUCGAUGAGCAUCUUGACAUGUUGAUGGUUUGCCAUCAUCUUGAUAAAGACAUACCCGAAGAUGUGGCUUUUGCUGAAUCGAGGAUUAGGGCUGAGACAAUUGCUGCAGAAGACAUAUUGCACGAUAUGGGGGCGAUUAGCAUUAUAUCUUCCGAUUCACAGGCCAUGGGUCGCAUUGGAGAGGUCAUAAGCAGAACUUGGCAAACUGCCCACAAGAUGAAAUCACAGAGGGGAAUGAUUGAUCCUGCUGGAUCAGACAACGAUAACUUGAGAAUCAAGCGAUAUGUUGCCAAGUAUACCAUAAAUCCAGCAAUAGCAAAUGGAGUUGCAGAAUUCAUCGGUUCAGUUGAGGUUGGAAAAUGGGCCGAUCUCGUGUUAUGGCAACCUGCAUUCUUCGGAGCCAAAGCAGAGAUGGUGAUCAAAGGUGGUGUGAUUGCAUGGGCUAACAUGGGUGAUCCAAAUGCGAGCAUCCCAACACCCGAACCGGUGAUCUCAAGGCCUAUGUUUGGGGCAUUUGGCAAGGCAGGUAGCGAAAACUCCUUUGCCUUCGUGAGCAAGGCAGCUUUGGAUAACGGGAUCAAAGCUUCAUAUGGUCUGAACAAAAGAGUUGAAGCUGUGGGAAACGUCAGGAAGCUCACCAAACUUGACAUGAAACUCAACGAUUCCCUCCCAGAGAUCACGGUGGAUCCUGAGACGUACUGCGUCACGGCUGACGGCGAGGCUCUGACUUGCUCUGCUGCCGCCACCGUUCCUCUUUCACGGAAUUACUUCCUCUUCUAGGUAUAUGAUUGAGAUAGGAAGGUUACAUCAUUCAUCGUGUUCUCGUCUGGACUGAACAUAGAUGAAACACUGUUACAUGAAAACCUCACACAGUUAGUCCCCUUGAUGAACAACUGUGCUGUUUGCAGCUUUUAGUCGUUGAUUAUACCAUUUCCUUAAGGGGGUAAUAAUGCUUUUGAUUCAAUGUGUUAUCUAGUUUAACGAAUGCGUGAUUAUCUAAAAGACUUGUAAGGAUCGACUAACAGAUCUUGGGAAUUGUUUUUCUUCUUCUUCCUUGUGUAGAGAUCAUUUGGCUAGUUGAUUGUUGAAAUGUUUAGAUUAUUAAGAAAAGAUAGUUUUCGAA